AAGUGGCUUGAAUGUCAAGAGGCGCGGGCUCCGUUUUUCGAUCUCUGCAGGCUCAAGGCGCCUCCUGGAAGCAGGAGCGGGAGGAAGUUUUAUCGUUUUCAAACUUCCUACCAUGGUGCUUAAGGUCUUCUUCCCUGUUUGCUGCUCCUCAGCUGAAAGUGGGCUUCUGAUUGGGCGAUGGAUUCCAGAACAGAACUCCGCUGUGAUCCUGGCGGUGGUCCACUUCCCUUUCAUUCCCGGCCAGGUGAAGCAGUAUCUCUCCGAAAUGCAACACACGACACAGGUCCAGUUAUCUGUGAUGGGCUCAUGGAUUAACAGCAAGCAAGCAAAGGAGGAGAGCUUGGAAAGGUUCCUGGAAGACCUCGGUACGAUCUUCUCACACGACCCCUGGAUCCAGAUCAGCAAGGAGAAAGGCAGCAAGUUUUGGAGCUGUUCUGCCGUUCAGAAUGAGCCUGGCGGUGACGAGGAAAAAGAAAUCAUCUUGGUAUAUUAUGACCAGCGCAAAGUGAUGCUUUCACAGCUUCACUCCCCGCAGGACCCGGUUGUGCUUUCUGAUCAGAAGGCAACGGACGCUUCCAAACUAGUUGCCGUGUUUGACACAGUUGCAAAGAGCAAGUUGCUCUACAUGAAGGACAGGUAUGAUGAGGGGCCAAUCAAGCUCACCCAUUGGCAGUCGGACGGAGUAGAAGCCAGUAUUAUUGUGGAACUCUUGAAACAGGCCUCUGUACCUGCAUGUAUGCUGGUAACAUCCUUACUUUCGCUGGUCUCUGGAGUCUGUAAAAGCAGAGCGUUGACCUUUUGGCCUCUGUCUUUCAUCUGGAGCAAACUUUCAACAUGCGAGCAGGUGGGGCACCGGCUUCAGCACCUCCAAAUCAUCAGCAGCAAGAGGAAGGCUCCAACUCAGUCCCAGCUGAUGAGAAAAGCCAACAUCCUUGUUUCUAUGCUCAUUGACGUGGCCCUUGGGAUACUGCUGAUGUCAUGGCUGUACCAGAAGAAUCGAAUUGGUCACCUUGCCAAUGCCCUCGUCCCCAUGGCUGAUCACGUUGCCCAACAGCUCCAGGACCUCCUGCAGUGGUUGAUGGGUGUGCCAGCAGGCUUAAAAAUGAACAGAGCUUUGGACCAAGUGUUGGGCCGGUUCUUCCUGUACCACAUCCACCUAUGGAUCAGCUAUAUCCACCUGAUGUCUCCAUUCAUUGAGAUGAUCCUGUGGUACGUUGGCUUAUCAGCCUGCCUAGGCCUGACCGUGGCUCUGUCCAUCCUCUCUGACAUCAUUGCACUCCUGACCUUCCACAUCUACUGCUUUUACGUCUACGGAGCCAGGCUCUACUGCCUCAAGAUCUACGGCUUGUCCUCCCUGUGGCGCUUGUUCCGUGGGAAGAAGUGGAACGUCCUGAGACAACGGGUGGAUUCGUGUUCCUACGACUUGGACCAGCUAUUCAUCGGCACUUUGCUAUUUACUAUCUUGCUGUUCCUUCUGCCCACAACCGCACUGUACUAUUUAGUCUUCACCCUGCUCCGGCUACUGGUGGUGUUCGUGCAAGGCUUGAUCCAUCUGCUGGUGGACCUCAUCAACUCACUCCCCUUUUACUCGGUCGGUCUUCGGCUCUGCCGGUCCUACAGGCUUGCAUCUGGUGUGAAGUUCAGAGUCCUCGAGCAGGAGGCUGGGAAACCCCUUCGACUUCUGAUGCAGAUAAACCCGCUGACUUACGGCCGCGUGGUGCAGAUGUACAGGCUCCCAACCUACAGCUGCUACCCCAAGGACUCCUGGGGCACUCUGUGCAAGAAGCUGUUCAUCGGGGAGUUAAUCUACCCUUGGAAGCAUAAAGGGGAGAAGCAGGACUGAGUGUCAGCAAGAGUCAGCCAAAAGGAGAGUUUUAAAAAUGGGCCGUUUUCCAGGCCAAAGACACCUUGCAAACAGCACUAGCCAACUGGUACCCAUGUUGAUACUUCCUUUGCCAAGAAUUUGACAAUACACACAGGUGGGGGUUGAAUUAUGGGCCUUUUCCUGUAGAUUCAGUGAAUCCCCCACCCCCCACACAAACACAGGCUGUUCUUUUCGUUAAUGAAACGCAAUUUAAUCCUGAAUUAGAAUUGCUUGCCUGGAAGCGCCAGGGGCCAAAAUACCUGACAACCCGCAGUGCCUCAUAGAAACGGGUUUCGUGUAUGCUUACGAUCCUGAUGGGGCACAUGUUGCGUAGUAUCUGGCACCGACCCUCCUGUUCCCGAGAACCGUUGCUACCCCUCCUCAACGUGCCCUUUUCUAGCCCGUCUGAUUGCGGAGUUGUGUUUGAAAGUGCCUGCUGGAAUCCUAGGAGCCGAAGAGAUGACCGAAUGAGAUCUCCGGUCCUUAGGAGUGUCCAUCCAUCGGUGAUCAGCACCUGCAGGAGACAGGUGAGAAGGGAGAGCCGUUGCUCUCAUCCCCGGCUUGUGGAGCUCCCGGAAGCAUUUGGUUGACCAGGAUGCUGGACUGGAUGGAGCCUCUUCCUCAUCCGGCAAGGGCUCCUCUUCAUACUUAUGGGGGCUGUGGGUUCAGGGCCAAACUAGGUGUGACGUUAGUCAUGUUUACCCAUGUGUAGCUGAU